AUGUCAAGUUUUAAUCAGACUCGAAAUCUUCGAGUAACAGUUGUCGCAGCUGAUGGCCUUUACAAACGUGAUGUUUUCCGAUUUCCAGAUCCUUUUGCGGUGUUAACUGUAGAUGGUGAACAAACACAUACUACUACCGCCAUAAAGAAGACUUUAAAUCCUUAUUGGAAUGAGACCUUUGAAGUAAACGUCGGUGAAAAUAGCACGAUUGCUAUUCAAAUAUUUGACCAAAAGAAGUUUAAAAAGAAGGGUCAAGGUUUCCUCGGUGUAAUAAAUGUUCGAAUUGGCGACGUGAUAGAUUUAGUAGUAGGCGGAGACGAGAUGUUGACUCGUGAACUGAAAAAGUCUAAUGAGAAUACAGUGGUUCACGGGAAAAUCAUUUUAAAUCUCUCAACCACUACCCAAUCCGGUUUACAAGUUCCUUCAGCUGCUGCUUCUGGUACGAGUAUCUCUAAUGCUGAAUCUGAAAGAGGUUCUGGGACCACCACGCCUUCUCGAAGCACCGGCGACAGUGCUGCCGCUGUUCCCACUGAGCCGCGCACGUACAGUUCCUUUGAAGAUCAAUACGGAAGACUUCCACCUGGAUGGGAGAGACGGACCGACAAUCUGGGCCGUACGUACUAUGUUGAUCAUAACACUCGGAGCACAACCUGGAUACGUCCCAACCUGGGUGCUAUUAUAGGCAACGAUCAACCUCCAGUCGUGAACGAAGAAAGAAAUGCGGUUACUGAAGGUCUUCAGCCUCCUUCCAGUGUUCCAGCUAGACGUACUGAAGCCAGUAUGUUGACAUCGAACGCUACUACUGCUGGUUCUGGUGAGCUUCCUCCUGGAUGGGAACAGAGGUACACUCCGGAAGGCCGUCCUUACUUUGUAGACCACAACACAAGGACUACAACCUGGGUUGAUCCACGCCGACAGCAGUAUAUUCGGACAUAUGGUGGUCCAAACAAUGCGACAAUACAACAACAACCUGUAUCGCAAUUGGGCCCACUCCCUAGUGGCUGGGAAAUGCGUCUCACCAAUACCGCUCGAGUAUAUUUUGUAGAUCACAAUACGAAAACGACUACUUGGGAUGAUCCACGUCUUCCUUCAUCUCUGGAUCAAAAUGUUCCACAGUAUAAGCGCGAUUUUCGACGAAAACUUAUUUACUUUUUAUCUCAACCAGCUUUGCAUCCUUUGCCUGGACAAUGCCAUAUUAAAGUUAGGCGAACCAGCAUCUUUGAAGAUUCAUACGCAGAAAUCAUGCGACAGUCGGCGUCAGACCUGAAAAAACGCUUGAUGAUUAAAUUUGAAGGAGAAGACGGAUUAGAUUAUGGUGGUUUAUCGCGUGAAUACUUUUAUCUGCUGUCUCAUGAAAUGUUUAACCCUUUUUACUGUCUAUUUGAAUAUUCUUCCAUGGAUAACUAUACAUUACAAAUCAACCCACAUUCUGGAAUCAAUCCCGAACACCUAAACUAUUUCAAGUUUAUUGGACGUGUAAUUGGACUAGCAGUUUUUCAUCGACGUUUUGUUGAUGCCUUCUUUGUCGUCUCUUUUUACAAGAUGAUUCUGCAAAAGAAAAUAAGUUUGCAGGACAUGGAAAGUAUGGAUGCAGAAUAUUAUCGAAGCUUAGUUUGGAUUUUGAAAAAUGAUAUUACGGGGAUUCUGGAUUUGACAUUCAGCGUGGAAGAUAAUCGUUUUGGUGAAGUGGUCACGAUUGAUUUGAAGCCCGAUGGACGUAAUAUAGAAGUAACUGAAGAAAACAAAAGAGAAUACGUUGAUUUGGUGACGGUUUGGCGCGUAGAGAAGCGCAUAGAAGGUCAAUUUGGUGCUUUUCAUGAAGGAUUUAGUGAACUUAUUCCCCAAGACUUGAUUAAUGUGUUUGAUGAACGGGAAUUGGAGCUUUUAAUUGGUGGUAUCUCGGAAGUUGAUAUGGAUGACUGGAUAAAGCAUACUGAUUAUCGUUCAUACAGCGAUUCUGACCCACUUAUAAAAUGGUUCUGGGAACUUAUGAAUGAAUGGAGCAAUGAAAAGAAGUCGCGACUUUUGCAGUUCACUACGGGUACAAGCCGUAUACCUGUGAAUGGUUUCAAAGAUUUACAGGGAAGCGAUGGACCCCGAAGGUUCACGAUUGAAAAGUCUGGUGAAUCAUCAAAAUUACCUAAAGCACAUACUUGCUUUAAUCGACUGGAUCUUCCUCCAUACAUAUCUAAGCAUGAGUUGGAUCAUAAGUUGUCUAUUGCCGUUGAAGAAACCAUUGGUUUCGGUCAAGAAUAG